AUGUCGGUGGCACGCGCAGCUUUCUCGCUCACCAGGCGUAUGCCUCUUUCAGCUGCCCGCGUCGCUCCCCGAACCUUCACCACCAUCACAGCUCGCCGAGCAGGCAAAUGGGAUCCGAAGCCCGGAGAUCCGGAAGGGAAGCUUCUCCCUUUUGAAGAAAUCAAAACCGAAGCCGAUCUCCUCCCACCCGGCGCUGCCCCUGGUACCGUGCCUACCGAUCUCGAACAAGCCACUGGUCUGGAACGUCUGGAAAUCCUCGGAAAGAUGCAGGGCAUUGACAUUUUUGACAUGUCACCGCUUCCGUCAGAUAGACUUGGUACAUUCGAGAAUCCGAUUGUUGUGAAAUCUGCUGGUCCCGAGUAUCAAGUCGGCUGCACCGGGUCUCCGGCCGAUUCACAUGUCGUCAAAUGGCUCGUGAUGUCCCGCGCACGCCCUUUUGAGCGGUGCCCAGAGUGCGGGAGCGUCUACAGAAUGGACUACGUCGGGGCACCAGACUCCCACGACGACCAUCACGGCGACCACCACCACGCCGCACCCGAAGCACCCAAGACCAUGGCCGAUUUCGUCAAGCCGGAGUACUGGUACCGAUAA